UACCGUGUGCUCCUCUUGCUUGGACGGUGGAACUGACCAACCUGUCCUAGCGGGCAUCUCUUGUGUGUGUGUGCGUGCGCGCGUGUGUGUGUGAGAGAGAGAGAGAGUGUGUGUGCGCGCGCGCGCGUGUGUGUGUUGCCCUCCUUGCGCGCUUUGGUUUAUUUCUGCCGCCGACCGACAAGCAUGCAGGUGUCCCUGGCCCUCCUCGUCUCCAGCUCGGCGCUCCUGCUGCUCCAGGGAUGCUGCACCGCUGUGAGGGGAUGGAAGGUACUGAAAAAUGAUGCUACGGAGAUCUUACCGGAGUACACAGAAAACGCUGGGACUCCCCAGGAGGCAAUGCCACGGGCGAACAACGGCAGCAGCAACAGCAACAGCAACACGAUGAACAACCGGGCGAAACACGCUGGAAGAACUGCAAACACGGUCUCCUACAGUGCCUCCGAGCUGAGCUGUAGGGAGCUGCGUUCCACCCGUUACAUCACCGACGGAGCUUGCCGCAGCGCCAAGCCUGUCAGGGAGCUGGUGUGCUCGGGCCAGUGCAUGCCAGCACACCUCAUGCCCAACUCCAUCGUCCGUGGCAAGUGGUGGAGGAGCAGCGCCUCGGACUACCGCUGCAUCCCGGCGCACUCCCGGACACGGAGGGUUCAGCUGCAGUGUCCUAACGGCAACACUCGGACUUACAAAAUCCGCACGGUCACCUCCUGCAAGUGUAAACGCUUCAGGCCCCACCACAACCAAUCGAUGGCCAAGGAGGUCCCGAAGGUGCAGCGCAACAAGAAGCACAGUCGCUUGUCUCAGGAUCGAAAAAAGAACAACACGCCACAGACGGGCAACUCGUACUGAUGCUGCUCUCCAGCAUCUAAGGACAGAGACUGAAGCAUAUUCGUACACACACACACACACACACACACACACACGUCACACAACACACCGACCAACAUAUCUCCUUCAAUUAGGGAGGAGACGCAAGAGAAAUUUCCAAGAGAGCGAAUUCAUAAGCUAAUUGCUGGGCUGAUUUCAAGUCAUCCGUCUUUUAUUUUUCGGCCACUUGUCGGCAUAUUUGUGAACUCUGCUUAUUUGCAUGACAAAAUGAGUCAGUGCCAGGGCUUGCCAAGACUGUGGCUGGUCAGGAGAUGUAGCACCAUGUUGGAUGACAUGAAACAAGUAUCCGAUCAUCCCCAACCGCUCAGAACCUCCCUUGGCUCGGUUCUGUCUUCCACUCAAACAGAUUUCAUUUAAGCAUAAUGAGAAGUGCUCCCCGAGGCUUCAAGCCCAUCUGUACAAACAUCCAGCGGAUGCAGAGCUACACCGCACCACAGCUCGGUUUAAAGCUGAAAAGGUGUGCCUCCGCUCCAAAGUGGUCGUAAUCCAUCUCCCCCUGGCUGUGUGCGGAGGAGACGGUGGCCCUGGCCCGCGCGGCGGUCCGUGUGCGGCUCCCUGACAGCCCGCUGAAGGCCUCACUCACCAGGACAGACCUACAACACCCCCCGCGCGGCAGCAGCCCCAACCAGGCCGGUCAGCUACAGUUGCGCCUUUCCCCUGACUAGAUACAGAGAGUCAGGAGAGACUGGGAGAGAAAGCAGUUUUCUCAGCACUAGCACCACAGGGGGCACUGGGCAUUCCUGUGACUCCUCUUAAUUACUAAAUGGGCCCAUUCCUGUGUUAGGAUUUGAGUCAUAAAAAGCCAUUUCCUCUAGCCAGUUCCUGUUUGCUGGAAUCGCAUACAAAAAGUGCACAUGUGUGUAGGAGGCAUCAGAAAAUUGUGCGUGGUUGGGCCGUUACCUUGGGGCAGAGCGCUCUCCAACACGCCCACACCGGAAUUCUUUUGUAACGGGCCAAACAGAGCAGCGAUCAACCAGCCACAGCCAAAAUCCUUCCGUUGUGUCAGCCUGCGAGAUUCAAGACACCUCCGUUCCCGUCUGCAGCAUUCUGUAAAUAUCUCAGACAGGAAAGAUAGGAAUAAAAAUAACCUAAUGAAAACAAUAAUUCGGUUUUUAUCGUUGUGUUAACAGCUAAAAUGCGACAGGAAGAGGAAGUGGCGAUACCCAGUCUGUCGACGCAGACGACACAACGCCCUUCCUCCGCAAUGCCUCCGAUGGGACUGAACUUCAUGAAGAAUAUUCACAAUGUUUCCACAUAUUGUCAGUACUGCGCUGUUUUUCCGCUCAUAUUGCUUCCUGAUUUCGGUUGUCUAAACUCUACUGACAAUGUUUGCUUCUUUUUCCGACUUCUACGUUUGAAAUAGCAACUGGAAAGGUUUUUUUUUUUUAUCGUGUAAGCUGAGAGCUGCGAUGCAAACCUGUGUGGUCUUCUGCGGUGGUGCCCCUCGCAUGACGGGGCGUUAAAGAGGAGCAGGGAGGGAAGGAGGAAGGGCUGUUUUUUUACAGACACAAAGAAGGACUGUUAUAAAGAAUGAACUGCAUAUUUAUUUUUAUUUCCACAUUUAAAUUAUUUAUGCAACCUUUUGUAGUAAAUGAUAGCCAUUAUUGUCAUAUAGUAUGAUGGAGACUGUACAGUACAUGAAUAAA